AUAGGAGGUGUAAGUGUGCGGGUGGGCGCAGGUGAGGUGGUGCGGGCCACCAAGUUAUCAACAACUCGGGUCUUCCUGCCAACAACCUUGCUGUUGCUUCGCCUCCCUUACUCUGUGUGUAGUGAACUGGGAGACUUGCCAUCAUGAAGGCCACCUUUACUACUGUGGACUUGCUGGCCAUUGUGGCAGAACUCAAGGAAAGGGUCAUUGGGAUGAGGGUUGUGCAGAUUUAUGAUGUUGACUCCAAAACGUAUUUGAUAAAACUUCAAAAGCCUGAUCAGAAGUGUAUGUUGCUAGCAGAAUCAGGUGCUCGCUUACACACCACUGAAUAUGAAUGGCCCAAGAACCCAGCACCUUCAGGCUUUUCUAUGAAGCUAAGGAAACAUCUUCGCAAUAAACGGCUUGAGGCUGUGAACCAGCUCGGUGUUGAUCGUAUUGUUGACUUGACAUUUGGGUCUGGGGAGGCAGAACACCAUGUCAUAUUGGAGCUUUAUGACCGUGGCAAUAUUGUAUUAACUGAUAACUCGUAUACCAUUCUAAAUAUUCUCCGUCCACGAAAGGAAGGGGAAGAUGUUAGAUUUGCUGUGCACGAGACAUAUCCUGCAAAUCAACCACGGAUGCCCAAAGCUCCUCUAUCAUUAGAAGACCUAAAGAAUGCGUUAUCUUCUGCUAAAGAAAAUCUAACUUUGAGAAAGAUACUCAAUCCUUUAUUAGACUGUGGUGGUGGUGUGCUGGACCAUGAACUGCUGGAGGCAGGCUACCCUACUGGUACUAAGCUAGGUCAUCCCAUGAAAAGUGAUGAUGACCUUACACAGUUACAUAGCGCUGUGAUCAGAGCACAGGCUGUUGUUACACAAUGGACUACAAGAUCGCAACCACAGGGCUAUAUUAUUAAGAAAAUUGAGCACAGACAAAAAGCAGAUGGUAGUACAGAGGAAGUUCCUAUUUACCAGGAUUUUAUGCCGUUUCUUUUUGCCCAGUAUGCACAGUCCCCUAAUGAACGCUUCCCAACCUUCAAUGAAGCCUGUGAUGAAUACUUCUCAAAAAUGGAGGCUGGUAAGAUUGACCACAAAGCAGUGCAGAAGGAGAAGGAGGCACUUAAAAAGCUAGAAAAUGUGAAACGUGACCAUGAACGGCGACUUCAAGACCUCAGUGACACGCAGAAGACAAAUGAAUUGCAUGGCCAUAUGAUAGAACUUAACAAAGAUUUAGUUGAUGCAGCAAUUCUGGUGGUCCGAAGUGCUGUGGCCAAUCAAAUAGACUGGAGACAAAUUAGAGAGCUGCUUGCAGAGGCUCAAGCGCGAGGAGAUCCUGUAGCUCUACCUAUCAAACAGCUCAAACUGGAGAGCAGUACUAUGACACUCUUACUCAGUGAUCCAUAUGAUUGUGAUGAAGAUGACAUCUUAUUGGACUCGGAUGAAGAACGUGAAGAGGGAAAUGAUUCAACAAAGAUGCGUCCCAUGACAGUGGAUAUAGAACUGGAACUCUCUGCAAUGGCCAAUGCUCGAAAGUAUUUUGAUCAGAAACGUCAAGCAGCAAAGAAGGAACAGAGAACAAUUGAUGCCUCAGCCAAGGUGCUUCAAUUAGCUACCAAGAAAACCAAUCAAACACUCAAGGAGGUGGCAGCCAUCUCUAACAUCAAUAAGGCGAGAAAAGUCCUUUGGUUUGAAAAAUUUCUAUGGUUCAUUUCUUCUGAAAAUUAUUUAGUAAUUGCAGGAAGAGAUAGCCAAAUGAAUGAAAUGAUUGUGAAACGUCAUUUGCAUCAUCGUGAUAUUUAUGUUCAUGCAGACAUGCAUGGCGCGCCCAGCGUAAUCAUCAAGAACCCUACUGGCAAAGAGCCACCACCCAAGACCCUCCAUGAGACUGGGAUUAUGGCUUUGUGUUACAGUCGUGCCUGGGAUGAAAAGGUUGUAACAUCAGCAUGGUGGGUAUGGGGUGACCAGGUGAGCAAGACCGCACCAUCAGGAGAGUACCUCACUACAGGCGCCUUUAUGGUUCGGGGUAAAAAGAACUUCCUUCCACCUUCACACCUUGUCUAUGGUUUUGGGUUCCUCUUCAGACUAGAGGAAGAGUCCAUAUCUAGACAUGCAGGGGAAAGAAGAGUUCGUUCACUGGAGGAAGAUGAAGUUAAGGAUGGUAAGAGCAACCUUUCAAUAGCAGACCCAGAUGACCACAGUGAUCUAAUUGAACAGGAUGAAGAGGAGAAAGAAGCAGAGGAUUCCAAAGAUGACUCUGAGAAUGAAGAGACUUUUGGGGAAAAUGAGCAAACAAGUGAAGAACAGAAAUAUAAUGAAUUAGAGGCAGAGGUAAAAGUGGAUGAAAAAAUAAUAGAAUUUCCAGAUACGGUGGUUGACAUAACCCACAUUGGUGGUGAUCAGUUUUCCAUCCGUGCACGAAAAGUCUCUUCAACAUCACACUUAUCCAUGCAGUCUGGGGGAACUGGAGGGGAGGAGGAUAAUGCAGUUGUGUAUCUUGGAGAUGACCAGCCUGUUAUCAUCAAUAAGGGAAAUAAUUCUACUAACAAAUUCAAUAAAGGUAAAGUAAGAGACAAUAAAUCAAACUCCAGGGUUGAACAUAAACCAGUUGAACACCAAAAUGCAAAAGAGCAAAAAUGUGAACAAGAUAUAGAUAACAAGAGUGGUGUGCCCAAGCGUGGGCAGAGAAGCAAGAUAAAAAAGAUGAAAAAAUACCGUGAUCAGGAUGAAGAAGAACGCAAAAUGAGAAUGUUAUUAUUGCAGUCGGCAGGCAACAACAAGGAUAAAAAUAAAAGUAAAGCUGGCAAGAAAGGUGGUAAAGAAAUUAAAGGAAAAGGAAAAGAAACAAAACUAAACAUUAAAGCAGAAGCAAGUAGCCAGCCCGGCAAGGAGAGUCAAACACCCAUUACACACCAGCAUCACUUGGAGAAUGAUGGCAUCCAACCCAAAAAGCAAGAUAAUCAGGAGGAGGAGGAUGAGGAGGAGGAGGCAUCACAGAUUGCAGAUGACCUGAAUAUUAUAAAUUCUUUGACUGCAGUACCUGUUGUUGAAGAUGAACUUCUGUACACUAUUCCUGUGUGUGCUCCCUAUACUGCUAUGACCAACUUCAAGUACAAAGUUAAGCUCACCCCUGGUCCUGGAAAAAAGGGAAAAGCUUGCAAAACUGCACUGGCAGUUUUUCUGAGUAACAAGUCGGGUACCUCUCGGGAGAAGGAAUUAUUACGAGCUGUACGAGAUCAAGACUUAGCAAGAAAUCUACCAGGAAAAGUCAAAGUGUCUGCACCAAAUAUUACAAAAAUAAGAAAAUAGCCAAAUACCUUCAGACCUAAAUCUAGUUUUUUCUUGUACUUAUUUUCAAAAGGUAUUCUUUCAGUCUGUGCAUCUUAAAAAUAAAUAAAUACUGUAAUCUAUAUUAUAUAAUAUAUAUAUAAUAUAUAGUUUUUUCUUUAAUAUACAGUAAUGCUAAUAGGAAUAGGCAAAUAAGUACGUACAAAGUUAAAAAAUUCUGUAAUAUUUACAUAAAAUAUCUGGAAUAAAUUAUUUUGUGUAUUUUUAUGCAAUUAUUGAUUGUAUGAAAUAUUAUAUAAGUAGUAAUUAAAGGUGAAGGAAUAGUUAUUGUGCUAUACUGAUAAUAGAAGUUUAUAAAUGAAUGUGAAA